AUGAGACCUUUAGACGAGACUGAAACCAGCGUCGUCUUCGAAAAGCUCUUCAAAUUCGUCGGCAACAACCUCAAAAACCUCGUCGAGAAUCCCUCCCAUGAAGGUCCAGAUUCCACCCCUGGUCGCUAUUGUUUCCGUCUCAACAAGAACAAGAUCUACUACUGCAGCGAGUCGCUCGUCAAACGAGCCACCAACAUCGCCAGACCCAACCUCGUUUCACUCGGAACAUGUAUCGGAAAAUACACUCACGGUGGAAACUUCCACCUCACGGUUCAAGCGCUGAAUUUGCUAGCUGCGAAUGCUAAGCAUAAGGUAUGGCUUAAAACUCAAUCUGAGAUGUCGUUUUUGUAUGGGAACCAUGUGUUGAAAAGUGCGUUGGGUAGGAUUACGGAGAAUAUUGUUGCGGGUGACGGGGUUGUGGUAUUUAAUAUGGCGGAUGUGCCUUUGGGGUUUGGGGUUGCGGCGAAGUCUACACAGGAUUGUAGGAAGUUGGAUCCUAAUGGGAUUGUGGUUCUUCAUCAGGGUGAUAUAGGGGAGUAUUUGAGGAUGGAGGAUGAGCUUUGA